AUGGGAAAGCGACCACAAGUCGGGUCGCUGGUGGUUUACAACUUCUCGCUGCCCUACGAGAAGACCGUCCAGAAGGAUGGCUUGGUGUACCCCGUGGUGUUCUGGAGGGAUGCUGAGCGCGGAGUGUCGCGAAUGGACACCUUUGGAGGCAGGAACAUCCUCAUCAGCACCAAGGACAAGGAAAUCGAGAUCAUGCCGCGGCUGCAGAAGCUCAUCUGCAAGGUCAACAAGCCCGAUGCUGACGACGAGUCUCUGGUGGAUGCGCCGGUACUUCCUGAUGUGUCAAGUUGGGACUACAAUGGGACCGUGGAGUUGCGUGGGCAGCAGGCGCACCUCUGGGUGUACGAGAAGAGCCACGGCGCCAAGGUGACGGUGUACAAAUUCUACGUGGCCGAGGACGGCGCGCCGAUGCGGCUGCACAUGGACGGAAACGACAUGUUUAGCGGCGCGCAUUUCGACGAGUACAUCGCAGACUACGAGUACCUCAAGGCCGGCCCGGUGGACGCCGCUAUAUUUGAGCCGCCCGCCAUCUGCGACGGGCAGCAGGAGCAAAGCCUCGCGCAUCCGCCCUCGUUCCCUCUCAGGAUGGCUGCCCUGCUGCCUUCUGUCCGCAUCGAGGGUGGAGAUGAGCUGUAUGACGAGUUUGCGGCGGCGCACGGCCGGAGGCACGGGUCCGCGGCCGAGUACGAGCACCGCCGGGGCGUGUUCCACAGCAACCGCCUGUACGUGGACACACACAAUUCAGCCCAGCGCAACUACUCCCUCGCACUCAACCGCUAUGCUGACUGGUCCCAGGAGGAGUUUGAGGCGGUGAUGCUGCCGAGGCAUGGGGCGGCCGGGGGCCUGGUGGCACGCAGGCGCGGCGCAGAUUCCGGAGAGCUGCCGUACGAGCGCCUGGCGCCUGCCUGGCGGGUUCCCCGGGGCGUCGACUGGCGGGGCACCGGCGCUGAUGGCGUUGUGAAGGACCAGGCCACCUGCGGCUCCUGCUGGGCCUUUGGCGCUACUGCUGCACUGCAGGGCGCCUACUGGGCCGCCACAGGCAAGGCGACGAGCUUCAGCGAGCAGCAGCUGAUGGACUGCUCCUGGAAAUUUGGCGCAAACCACGCCUGCGAUGGAGGUGAUUAUGACAACGCCAUCGACUAUCUGGUCAACGUGGGAGGUAUUGCCAAGGAGAAGGACUACGAGUACCUGGGCCAGGAUGACUUCUGUGGCAACCCCUUCAUGGCCGACACCAAGAGACCCAGCUCCUCCCUCGUCAAAGUCAAGGGGUACUCGUAUGUGCCGCCCCAUGAUGACGAGGCACUGAUGGAGGCUGUCUACUCCCGAGGCACCAUCGCUGUUUCCCUCGACGCCUCCCAGCCCACCUUCCGCUUCUACGCCUCAGGGACGUAUGACGAGCCGAACUGCAUGUGGAAGUCUGAUGACCUGGACCAUGCUGUGGCGCUGGUGGGCUAUGGCACGGAUGAGGCCGGCGUUGACUACUGGAUCAUCAAGAAUUCCUGGUCCAACCACUGGGGAGACGGCGGCUUCAUCAAGAUUGCCCGAGGGCACCACGGCUGCGGCAUCACCAGUGAUCCCGUCUACGCGGUCUUUGACGGCAAGCACCGCUUCGAGCUGCCCCAGGACGAACCAGCGCCCAGCGCAUAAAUCGGGCGUAUACAGCUGCGACCUCUGGCGCGCGCUGCAUGGUCGACUGCUCCAUUGCAGUCAGCUUUCCAGGAUGUGAGGCUGCAGUGCUUGCACCAAGGGUGUUUUGCUGAGUACGCAGCGCAGCGCAGCGCUGCUGCAGGGGAGGGUUGAGCUGGUGGUGUGCACCGGCCCCUGGGUGAGGUGUGCCGCGCCAGCACUGUAUUUUUUAUUCUGUAUUGAUGAAGUGUGCUCUUCAUGCAGCCUGGCUCAGGCGCAUUGCCUGGGUGCAGUUCCAGGCAUGCUUGCUGACAGAACAUUCAUUCUUGCUGAGGGUGAGAGGGAGUGGUAUUGCCGUGGUGACCACGCAGAUUUUCUUGCACUCAUGACGCCUGACCCAAACCGGUCUCCUGACUCAUUCUUGCGCUGGCAUGAACAAUGUCACAGCUAAUGUGAUGUGUUUGCCAAAGACAAUGUCUGUUUGGAAAUGAAUGUGCCCUACAGUCAUAAGAGUAGCCAGAAUCAUCUUGCCAGGAGCCUCCUGAGGACGAUCCUAGUAAUAUCCAAGGACGUGU